AUGGAUGAAGCAGUUGUUUUAAAAUAGAAGAAAUUGAUUGCAGGAAUGGUUAUUGCAGGAAAAUAUAAAUUAUUAGAAAAGAUAGGUGCAGGUUCAUUCGGAAUGGUGUUUAAGUCUUAGUUUUUAAAAAAUGGAGAUUUAGUAGCAGCAAAAUUUGAAAAACGAGACGAUUCCCAAAAAGGAGUCAGUUUAUUAAUAAGAGAAAUUAAGGUUUUGUCUGAAGUUAAUGGAUUGAAAGGUUAGAUUUACUAUUAAGCUAUAAAAAGGUUUUCCACAAAUCAAGUUUUAUGGAAGGGAUGAAAAUUAUAAUUUCUUUAUGGAAACUUAUUUUGGAUUGAAUUUAGAAUAAUUGCUAAGGAAAUGUGGAAAUAGAUUCUCUCUUCAUACUACAUUGAGAAUAGGUAUAUAGAUUAUCGAAAGAUUGUAUGUAUCUUGUUUGAUUUAGUUAGGUAAGCCUUUCAUGAAAAGAAUCUUAUCCAUCGUGAUAUUAAGCCAGAAAAUUUUACUAUCAGCAGAUAAGAUGCUACUUAAAUUAUGGCUAUAGAUUUUGGUUUAGCUAAAUAUUACAGAGACACAGCAGGCAAACAUAUUCCAUUUGUGAAUAAUAAAGGAUUGAUUGGAACAGCCAGAUAUGCAAGCAUUAAUGCGUUAUUAGGUUUGUUUCUUAUUUGAUAAGGCAAUGAGUAGAGUAGAAGAGAUGAUAUUGAAGCCAUUGCAUAUGUACUAAUAUAUUUUCAUCUUGGAGAAUUACCUUGGUAAAAUAUCUAAGUAACUUCAAAAGAAGAGAAAUAUAAACAGAUAUUAAUAUUAAAAUAGAAUAAUGAAUUAGAUAAAUAUACUGAUAAAAUUCCUAAAGUAAAAUUUCAAUUAAUUUAUAGUGUUUGAUGAAAAUGCUUAAAAUUUCUAAGUCUUAUGAAUUUAAUCAAACACCUGAUUACAUGGGUUUGACAAAAUUAUUAUAGGAUGAAUUAACAAUUGAUGGCAAAAUGGAUUGGGAACCUUUAUUAGAAAUUAAUAAUGAUAAAUUAAGUGUAUCAAUUGACAUUGAUGUAAUUGAAAAUGAUAAUUAAUUUAAUGAUUUACAAGAUGAUUAACAAUAAGAAGUUUUAAAUUCUAUGCAAAAGAUUGCAUAAUAAUAAACUAAAUUUAUUAAUGGUAGAUUAAAUAAUAGUAGAAAUAAUAUCAUUUUUUUAAAAGUUCCAAAGAAUAGUAUCGUUUUAAAUGAUGCUUAAAGUCCAGCUGGAACUAUUAAAUCAUUUAAUACUUCUAAACUUAAUCAUUAUGGUGGUAGUAACAUUAACUUUAAUACAUAAAAAUAAUUCAGUGAUUUGAGAGUUAAGUCAUGUGAAAACUUUUAAUAUAAUGAUGAUGAUAAUUAUGAUGCAGAUUCUGACGAUUAACCUUGCAUACUAUUUAAAAAUUUAGUUGUUGGUCGUUCUUCUUCUAAAAUGUGA